CACGGAAGCCUUUAAUAAGGCUGCUAUAGUUGGUUCAAGCAGGGCCGUUGAGCGGUUCGCACGACUCGCAGGCCCUCCUUCAGCAUGUACAGCCCACGAACCGUCCCAUGCAAUGCGGCGAAGAUGAAGUGCAACAUGGGUACGGUCCCAUCGAGGACAGGGAUGCAGAAGAAACUGGAGCUUCAACAAGUGGCCAGAACCCGGAUAAUAUUAUUAGGCACGGGUUUUCGACAGCUAGCAUAAGGCUUGCCCGAUGCCGCCAUCGUGAGGAUACCACCUCGAAUGGAAUAGUGAACGACAGCCCGAAACCAAGCAGCCAAGGAAGGCCUUGCAGAUUGACCCUAGGUCCAGAUGAAGGCCAAGCGCAUGGAAGCACAGACCAGAGUAAGUACAAGCACACUAGGAGAAGUAAAGAAAAAUGCGACGGCAACUACACGUAUGUACAUGUUAAUUACCGUCGCUUGGCUCCAAACCCGAGGUGGUGGGAUGAGGAAGGAGGGCCACAGAUCGAUCCUUGCAAGGUUCAACGACAUGCCAUGCAAUGCCACCAGAAGCUAUGGGCAAGCAAGCGCCGCAGGUUGCAACCACUUGGAAUAGGUGGACGGCCUGGGCCGUACAGCACAAAAGCACCAUCUCUCUACGCUGCAAACUGCAAAUGCGAUCAUGCCAGCGAUGGGUUCUUCGGACGGACGUAGAUCGGCCCAUGCGUGGUAGAUGCACCAGGAACAGAGACGGCCAUCAGUCGUCCCAGCCGACCCCAGCCAGACCAAGCCGGCGAGUUGGCAACCACUGUCGUCCUGCAGUGGUUCGUCUCUUGUUGAUGCCGUCUCGAGUCGCACGAAGACCGAUCGAGGGCGACACACACGGACUGGACAUCCGGCACAGCGGAUGAGGAAAUCUUGACGGCGCCGGCGUCGCAACUUGCUUUGACGUGGAUGGACAGACGUCCCCGAUUCACCCGUUGCGUGCAUGGGAAAUGAUGAUCCCAGUACGGCCACAAGCCCAU